AUGGCGCCGCCUGCACCUGCGCAGGUGCGGUCGCUCUUCAGGACUCUCCUGCGCGAGGCGCACCGAUUCCGCAACUACAACGUUCGCCACUACGCGUCGCGCAGGAUUCGCGAAGGCUUCGCGGAGAACAAGGAGAUCGCGGAGCCAGAGAAGGCGGAGGCGGCGUACGAGGAGGGCGUGCGCGCGGCGGCGAUGGUGCGGCGGCAGGCGGUGGUGUACAACAUGUACGCCGCGCCGCAACGGUCCAUCAUGGAGCUCGACAAUCCCUAG